AUGGGGUCCGAACCACGACGACCUCGCCACGUGAAAUUGCGCCCACGGGAUACGGUAGUGUCGCCGGCAGCGAUCCGUCUGCAUUGGGCGUUGGUCAGCGCUGAGCGUCUCAUACUCGAUGAUGCAUGGCUCUAUACGAUAAUUGGACAGGCAUACACGACAUCUGUUCCAUUCGAAACUCAAAUCCAUUUUGAUAAGGAGUUCUGCAACAAGUACUAUCUGGCCACACAUCGUGCUGCUAAACACGGACACCGAAAUCAUAUGCUUUCGUCGCAGGCUGGUGUAGAUUUAUCAGCGCUUGGACGUGCCGCUGACGCUGCACCGACUAUGGACGUCCAGCAGUUCAUGAUAGGGCUCGAACAGUCUACCCUCACUGGAAACAACGCUCUACGCAGCCUUUAUCUUUCUCAAAUGGGCAUGGGUGGCGGAAGCCCAUCACCUUCUAGUGUGCCAUCAUCCGGAUCCGCUUCAAUCACUGGUGGAAGUCAGGAUGCUGGACCAGAACCUUCUCCAACGGCGACAACGCCCACGUCACAGUCGGACAACUCAUCCGGGUUGCCGAAUUGGUUUAGCGGACUUUUACCACCACAACUUCAACAGCAAGGUCUGCCCUCAAAUAUGAGUACACUUUUGGAGCAGAUGCAAGCGGUGCAGAAUUUGCAGUUGUUUGGUGGAAAUCUUGGCGGUAACAUGGGUGCCCUAGCGGCUGCAUUGUCGCAGAAUCCGGCAUCGUUUCUGACGAAUACGCCGAAUAAGGCAAGCCACUUUGAUCAGUUCGAUCCAGAAACGUGA